AUGUCGAGCGCGAAAGAAAAGUUCAUCGGCAAGGAUGUCCAGCCGAAAGUCGGCAUGCGCGUCUCGAUGGCAACCCCAUUCAGACAGCAUGGCAUCGGAACCAUCUUCGAAGUGGGAUCUCAAGAUGUCGCUGUGGUGUGGGAUGGAGGAAGGAUCGAUCGGAUCCUUACCUCCGCUACGAAGCCUGGCGAGCUGACUCUGAUCGAGUCGAAGCAAGAUGGGUCAACUUACGUCCGGACGAGAUCGCACGCGGACGAAGAGUUUGAGUCCCUCCUGACCAACGAAACUCUGGGCUACCUGGCAGAGGAGUUGCAGGAUGAUCUUGAGCGUGCUGAGGAAAAAACUUCCCUGCUCCGAGCGAUCGAGAACGAGGCAAGGAGGAAGACUGAGCAAGAAAUCUCCGAGCUCAAGAAGGAUCUAGAGACAGAGAAGGACAAGAAUGAUAAGUUGACGAAAGAAGUACAAAACCUCAACGACACUCUUCGAUCCCUUCAAGCGAGCCAUGCUCAAGAGCUUCUAAGGUUGAAGGCUGAGUGCGAUUCACAACUUCGGUCGCUGCGCGAUGCCCGUGAUGAGGCUGUUGCUGCGAAGACUAAGGCCGAUCAAGAUCGUGCCAUUGCCGAAGCUCUGAGAUCCGAGGCUGAAAGAACAGUUGCGGAGAUGAAGCUACUGGUAGCUGAGGCUGAGAAGAGAGCUCAGCUUGAGAGUUCGUUGAGGCUCGAGGCCGAUGAUCUCAAGAGCCUUGCCGAACAAGUAAAAGAUUAUGAGAUGAGAUGCGACGGAAUUCUUGUGAUGUCGACAUGGCAGGCAAAGAUGAUCGCUGAAAGGAAUGCAGAGGCUGCACAGGUCGCAACAGCAAAGGCCAUCGAUCAGCUGAAACAAGCUGAAAUCAAGGCUGAGAUUGCCGAGCGUAACAAAAUCCAAGCUAUGACUGAGAAGGAGAUCGCAGAAAGGGGAAGGCUCAGAUGCGAGGUGAUGGCAACAGCAGAAGCUAAGGCAAGAAGGAUGGCAGAGAAAGACUGCGAGGUGAAGACAAAGGAAGAAAAUGCUGUGGAGAUGGCCAAGCACGCAAAUCUUGAGAAAGCCAUGGCAAACGAACAAGCAGAAAAAGCAGUGCAAGUGAGGAACAACAAGUUUGUGUGGAUUGACGCUACUCACCAUCACUUCUUUGCACAGUUCGAAGAGCUGGCUCGUCAAGCUCAACAGCUUCAGAAAGCAGCUGAAAUCUACGCUGAAGAAUGUCUUGAGAAAGAGAGAAAGUCGAAGCUGGUAGCUGCAGAAGCCGACGGACUGCGUUCGCUAGCUGAGUCGGCUAGACUGAUUGCGGAGAACGAUAAAGAACGAGCUCUUCUUCAGUGUUUGACCGAAGCCAAAGCCCGGAAGUUGGCGGAAGAGGAGAGCAAGAGGGCUGAAGACUCGAGAUGCGAAGCUGAGAAGUUGGCUCGAGCUGCAGAGAAUGAGAAAAACAACUUGAUCAUCACUUGUCAAGCUGCUGAAGCAAGCAAGGCCGCUGCUGAAGAAGUAGCAAGCCAAGCAAACAAGGACAAGCAAGCCGCGAUCAUGGCGGCGAGCGAAGCACGCAAGCUUGCCGACAUCGCAAAUUUGGAAGUCGAGAAGGCUCGCAGCGCAGCAGCAGAGGCAAAGUCGCUUGCACUGCAAGCAGAGAACCGAGCGCAAGAGGCGCUUAACGAACUUGCGAACAAAGAGAACGCAAUGAAGAGAGCAGAAGCUGUCGCAGCCGCUGAAGCGAAAGCUCGCAAGAUUGCGGAAGAGAAUGCCCAGCAGGCGGCAGAGCUGUCAAAGGCGGCCAAGCAAGAGGCUGAAAACGCGAAUGAAAGAGCUCGAGAGUCUGAGAGAGCAAAACAACAAGAGAUUGAUCUGAGACAAAAAGCGGAAGCUCAGAAGACUGAGUUUGCGAUGAUCAGCGAAAAUGCGCGAGCAGCGCAGAAGGCAGCAGAGCUUGAGAGAUCUCUUGCAGAUGAAAGGGCGAUGAAAGCUCAACAAGAAGCUCAAGACGCGAAGAUCGCGAAGAUGGAAGCAGAGGCGCUCACUGCUCAGGCUAUGCAGGAGAAGCAUGAGGCCGAGAUCGAAGCGUUCGAGGCCAUCCAGAUGUGA